AUGGGGGAUUCGACGCCAGAAAAGACAGCUUCCGAGGACAACAAUGCGCGGAGGACCCCGAAUGUGACUGGAGCGGUCACCGAUAGGGACAAGAUAGAUUAUGCCCCAAAGGGCGAGGAUCCGGGAUCUUUUAAGUACUACCCAGAGAACCCCGAAACAGGGAUGAAUAGACUGAUGUUCUCUAUUAAGGGCCCUAGCCAGUACUACGAUCCAUGCCAGGAAUCAGCACAGAUGAGUUUCAAUUGUCUGGACCGAAACAACUAUGAGCGAGACAUGUGCAAGGAGUACUUCGACGCAUACAGGGAAUGCAAGAAACAGUGGCUCCAAGCUAGACGAAAGGACAGGUCCCAAUGGGAGUAA